AUGUUGCGAAGCAAGGCACCGGUCUUGGUACUACUGGUUUUCAGCCGUCUACUUUUUGUGCUCGCCGCACCGCUAGCCUGCCCAAAGAACUGUUUCAUGACUGAGGAACAUGCGGAUGGAUGGUCUAACAAAGAAGGGCUUCACUGUCAUUGCCCUGAUGAAAAGGGGAAAGCUUCACCAUGCGGUUGGAUUGGAUAUUCAGGAAAGUGUACCUUUCCUGUCUGUCUGGACGCCAUUCCGACUGAUUUUGACAAGGAGACGCACUCAAUCUUCAUCAAGCACCUCCGCUCUUCUACAAUCCUGGAACGGUCUUUCCAGAACUCUCCGAACGUCGCUCUCCUGAAGAUUCAAAAGUCCAACGUUUCCACAAUACAGCCGGGAGCUUUCCUGGGGCUACCUAUGGUGGAAAAGCUCUAUCUUGAUGACAACCGCAUCUCCAAUCUUGGACCCGAUGUCUUUGUUGGGCUUGUGAACAUGGAAUACUUGUACCUUCAAUGCAAUAGGAUAUCAGUCAUAUCCCCAUAUGCAUUCCGCGGCCUACCCACACUCACCACGUUACGGCUAGCAGAUAACCAGCUCAGGUCAGUGCCUGUUGAAGCCCUUCUCCAACUCCCAACACGUGAAGCACGCAUGAUUGUAAACAUACAGUCAAAUCGCAUCACGACCGUAGACAAGCACGUCAGGUGUCUGAAGGAUCAUAUAAGGCUCAUGAUGCUGUUUAAUCCGUUCAAAUGCGACAAGAAUCUGACUUGGUUCAUCUGCAACCUGUCAGAGCUGGAGAACAUCUCGUUUCGAAAGUCGCUGCAGUGUGCCUCUCCCCCUGAACUUAGUGAAACCUUCCUGACUGCCAGGAGGAAAGAUGUCUGCCAGAACGACGGGGCCGCCGGGGCACCAAAGGAGACUGAGAUUACUACCACAUGCAACGAGCCGUCGACUAUGACGGCUUCCGAAAUGGAAAUGAUCAUUCCAGGUCCUAAACCUGUCAGCAAGCAUCUGGACGAAGAGACCACUCCCCUCGCUGCCCAAACUGAAACACGAUGCACCACCAACACAAUAUACGACUCUAGCAUUACCAAUGAGUACUACAAUGAGACUCCAUACACAAACAACAUGACACCCACUGAGCAUACAGCAGAGGUGGAACAUAUCAUUCUUCUUGCAAGAAACCCAGUCGUCAACAUAAAUGGCAACAGAAUCCACCUUCUACGCAUAUUAAAGGCUGUUAUCCUGCCCUUCUUUGGUGUGCUGGUACCAGCUGUGGUCAUUUCUCUUUGCCACCACUGCAAAGGACACACAUGUAACGAUAUACCCAAUGAUGAAAGUGACCAAGUGCCUGAACCGUAUGCAGUCAUCUACUCUCAGAAUGACUCUUUAGAACCGCAAGCACCAAACAGAAACCUACCCACAACCUCCGUUGGUGAUGUAGCAUCUGCAGGCAAUAUAAUUCAACCAUAUGCGGUCACCUUUACUGAUGUGUCAGUCAUCUACAAUCAAGAUCUCGCGUUAGAUGCCCAGCCAUCUGGAGAGAGAUACGAUGAAGACCCAGGGCCUCAGCCGAAUGUCAUCACCAACGAUGAAGACCCAGAGCCACAGCUUCAGCCACAUGCAGUGACCAACAAUGAAGACCCAGGACUAGGGCCACAACUUCAGCCGAAUGCAGUUACCCACCAUAACGAUGUGUCAAUCAUCUACAAUCAAGAUGUAGAACUAAUCGCCCAGCCGUCUGCAGGAUACGAAGGAACCCCAGAGCAAGAGCUUCAGCCACGUGUAAUGCCCUGCGAUGGACACCCCGGGCCAGGGCAAGUCAACCAGUCAUAG